UCCCCAGUGCCUUGGGAACCCCGCCAACUAAACUGGCCGGCACGCGCAUGCGUGUUUACGGAAGCUGGUGUCUUCCCGAAGCCGCCUGGAAACCACGGCUCUCAGGUUUGCUGCCGGCCGAGCCGGAAGUUGCCUUUAACCGUCCUUGGUCUGGCGAAAAUUAAACAGCUAUAAAGAGAGGUUCCGGAGCCGACCUGGUCCGUAGGUGGCCGAAUGGAGACCGAGACUGUACACGCGCCAUUGACCCGGCGCCCGACCCUGGCCUCUUCCUGGGAUGUCGCGUGCGGAGCCUUGGCCCAGAGUCUCCGUCUCACCCGGGCUGGUCUCGGCGCCGGAGACGCCGACUGGGAGGAGCUGCUGGCGCCGCCCGCCGCACGCCAGGACUUGGUGAUUUUGCAAAGGAACCUGAACAGCCAAGAUGAAAACCCCUGCUUCCUUCACCUGAGAUGUGACCCUCAUGGAGGUGAAGAAAUCGUUUCUAUUGGCAUUUUAAGUUCAGCAAGAAAUAUGGAAGUAUACUUAGGAGAGGAGUACUGUGGAACCAGUAGGGGCAAGAAUGUUUGUAAUGGUCUGGAUAACAGGUGUCUGCUCUCCUUUGGUGAAAAGAACUGUGUGUUCAUCAGUAAAGUUGUGGUGCACAUGAGGCCAGUCUCGGCACAUUCUUCAGCAGGCUCUCCUGCUCUAGGAUCAAAGAUAGACCUGGAGAGGGUCCAAACUAUCAUGGAGUCCAUGGGGUCAAAGUUAUCACCUGGAGCUCAGCAGUUGAUGAAUAUGGUGAGAUUACAGCAGCAGAAUUGUGUUGCCCUCGGAGAGCAGCUCCAGUCGAUCCUGGGAAACGCGGGACACAGGCACGCGCCGGGACUGCAGUCCUCGUCUGCUCCGGGAGCCUUCGACAAGUCAUCCUCCACACCUUUUCCUUUCAGAACUGGGCUGACAUCUGGAAACGUGGCUGAAGACUCGGAAGCUAACACUGAGAAAAGUCUGCAGCCAGCCGGUGGAGGAAGUCUGAGCAGCCUCCAAGAGUGUAAAAUUGUGCCACAAAGCUGUUCUCUUCUUGAGAAUGACCUGAAGAAUGCAGUAUCUUCUUUCUUAUCAAAGAAAGCAAGUGACAGCUCACACAUACCUAACUCGGAGUUGCUGCCUUUUCUCCAGAAUUUGUGUGGUCAGGUGAGCCAUCUCCGGGUGGGACCCGGCAUCAAGUGGCAGGACAGCAUCCCGAAGCCCGGCGGAGGCACUGGGGGUGUCACACUGGAAGAGCAAUCCAUUUGUUGCUACUUGGAAAAGAUUCUUUCUAAAAAUAUGGAACUGAUGGAAAAGAAACUUACAGACUACAUUGAUCAGCGAAUAUAUAAACUCCAGGAGCACAUAGAUAAUAAGCUUGCUUUGUUAAUGGACUUGCUGCAGCGUCCCAACUCCCCACCCUCUGGGUUGCCUCUGAGACAUUAUGACUCUGGAGAAGGACUUUCAAAUGGAGAAAGAUAAAGGUUCAACAUGUACAAAGUACUACAGAUAUUUAUUACAUAUUUAUUAUAAAACCAAACCACCAAGAGUUACAGCAACUAUUUAAUGUCAUUUGAGGACCGCUGUUUACUUGCAUAAAGUGACCUCAGUGUUCAUUUUACUGUACUGUUACUAUAAAUCUGGUACUGUACACUAAGAUUUAAUGUGGUAGGGUCAUAAAUUAUUCCUGUUUCCCAUAUUUUUCACUCUUGUAAGAAAUUAACAUACACUUCUGGGUUGCUUAAAUGUUCAGAUUUUUUUAAGGAUUUCUGAAGCAUUUCAUUAGUUUGUACUAUAUAUGUGUUUGAUUGGAGUGCUCUUACGUUUAGGGGUAUACAAAGUGCUUAGAAUAUGUAAGUGAUAUUUUUUCUUUUUCUAAUUAAUUGUUCUUAUAAAACUGGGUACUUGAGACUUGCAACCUUUAAUUUCAAAUCACCAUGUUACCUUUUUUAUUGUUUAUUUCCAAUAAAAAAUUAAAUGUGAUGUUUGGCAUGUGUAAAACUGGUUUUACAUUGGAGCUGUUAAUUUUGUGUUCUGUCACAUUGUAGCUGUGGAUAGAAAAGUAAUAAUUAGAACUGACCUAUUCUCUGUUAGGCUUAUUACUUUCAGAAUCAGUGUUUGGUGUAAAAUGAGAGAAGUCAUCUUAUUUUAUCUCAGUCAACCCAGGAAGUAGAAGGAACUCUCUCCUUUUCCAAACUGAUACAGGUUCUUCUUUCCAGAGCCCUUUCUGUUUAAUGUGUGAAAUUCCGAGAUUUUGGAUUGAACCAUUAAGGCACAAAAAUCAAGAUUACAGUUCUCUCUGGCAGACUUAAGUUUCAGAAACUAUACCUAUCAUAUAUGUGUUGUAAGGUGAUAUAUUUGCCUCUAAAAAAUAAAUGAAUUCACUCUGGAAA